GAGGCUAGGAAGGCAACUAACUGUAGUGGUAGACGUGAUUUGGAAGGAAAUAGUGAAGAAAGAAGAGAGUGCCAUUAUACCACUGCAUAAAUCCCCGUUUUGCCCACAGAUUGGAUAACUAGUGGAAUUCUCUGUCCAUCUCAAAAAGGUUAGAACAGAGCUGUGAAAAGGUCCAAAAAAGGGUAGUUAAAAUGGUCAUGCAUACAGAAAAGCUGCUGCUUGGGUAACAGUUAAGUAAGCUAUGACUCUUUCAGCUAGAGGAAGAUAUGAUCAGGGAGAAUAUGUUAAAAAUCUGUAGAAUAAUUACUGAUGGAUAAGAAUUGUUUAUUUACUGUCCCUUCCAGUACAAGGAUUAAGGGCCCUCAGAUGGCAAGAGCCAGGACAAGAUAGAUGAAAGCAAGCAGUUUGUCCUUACAGUGUUUGGUUGUGGCAAGGAGCUUCUUGGCAGUGGAUAUUGUGGGUGCUACAAGUUUGCCCAAUCUCAAAAGGAAACUGGACACAUUUAUAGUAGAACUGAAUUCCUACAAAAAAUGUUGGUGGUGCAGAUCUGACCUAUGGUAAUACCUUGAAAGAGUAUGAAUAUUUCAGCAAACUGCCUCUUCAGUGGUUCCUUGUUAGCAUCUGAAGUGCAUGCUGCUGCUGUUAAUGGAGAUAAGAGUACCCUCCAAAAACUAAUAGCAGGAAACUCUGAGCUGAAAGAUAAAGAGGACCAGUUUGGAAGAACUCCACUCAUGUACUGUGUAUUGGCUGACAGACUGGACUGUGCAGAGGCAUUGCUGAAGGCUGGAGCCAAUGUUAAUAGAGCUGAUCGUAGCCGAAGAACUGCUCUCCAUCUUGCUGCACAAAAGGGAAAUUACCGCUUCAUGAAACUUUUACUGGCUCGUAGAGGGAACUGGAUGCAGAAGGACUUAGAGGAUAUGACACCAUUGCAUUUAACUACACGUCACAAAAGCCCAAAAUGUUUAGCUUUGUUGCUAAAACAUAUGGCACCUGGAGAAGUGGAUACUCAGGACAGAAACAAGCAAACUGCAUUGCAUUGGAGUGCCUACUACAAUAACCCAGAGCAUGUGAAACUUCUCAUAAAACAUGAUUCAAAUAUUGGAAUCCCUGAUGUUGAAGGAAAAAUCCCACUUCACUGGGCUGCUAACAACAAAGACCCUAGUGCAGUUCACACAGUGAAAUGUAUUCUGGAAGCUGCACCUACAGAAUCUCUGCUUAACUGGCAAGACUAUGAAGGACGAACUCCCCUUCAUUUUGCUGUUGCUGAUGGGAAUGUAGCUGUUGUUGAUGUCCUCACCUCCUACGAAGGCUGCAAUGUGACAUCUUAUGACAACUUGUUUCGAACUCCCCUUCAUUGGGCAGCCUUACUUGGUCAUGCACAGAUUGUCCAUCUCUUAUUAGAAAGAAAUAAGUUUGGAACUAUCCCAUCUGAUAGUCAAGGUGCAACACCCCUACAUUACGCAGCACAGAGCAACUUUGCUGAAACAGUUGAAGUAUUUUUGAAACAUCCUUCUGUAAAAGAUGACUCAGAUCUUGAGGGAAGAACAUCCUUCAUGUGGGCAGCUGGCAAAGGCAGUGAUGAUGUCAUUAGGACUAUGCUGACUUUAAAAUUGGAUAUUGAUAUCAAUAUGACAGACAAAUAUGCUGGCACAGCAUUACAUGCUGCUGCCCUGUCUGGCCAUGUCAGCACAGUGAAAUUGCUGCUGGAACAUAACGCGCAGGUAGAUGCUUCAGAUGUCAUGAAACAUACCCCGCUUUUCCGAGCCUGUGAGAUGGGACACAAAGAAGUGAUACAAACGCUCAUCAAAGGAGGAGCAAGAGUAGAUUUGGUUGACCAAGAUGGCCAUUCGCCCCUUCACUGGGCAGCACUGGGAGGAAAUGCUGACGUGUGCCAAAUCUUGAUAGAAAAUAAAAUCAACCCUAAUGUGCAGGAUUAUGCAGGUAGAACACCUCUUCAGUGUGCUGCUUAUGGAGGUUACAUUAACUGCAUGGUAGUGUUACUGGAAAACAAUGCAGACCCAAAUAUUCAGGAUAAAGAGGGAAGAACUGCUUUGCACUGGCUCUGUAACAAUGGCUACCUUGAUGCUAUAAAAUUGCUGCUUGGUUUUGAUGCUUUCCCUAAUCAUAUGGAGAACAGCGAGGAGAGAUAUACUCCACUUGAUUAUGCUUUGCUUGGUGAACACCAUGAAGUGAUUCAGUUCAUGUUAGAACAUGGGGCUCUGUCUAUAGCUGCCAUACAGGACAUUGCUGCUUUCAAAAUUCAGGCUGUCUACAAAGGAUACAAAGUUAGAAAGGCUUUUCAAGAGAGGAAGAAUCUUUUAAUGAAACAUGAACAGCUGAGAAAAGAUGCUGCUGCCAAGAAACGUGAAGAGGAAAGUAAGAGAAAAGAAGCCAAGCUACAGAAAGGGAUGCAGAACGUGGAGCAAAAUCGGUUUCGAGUACAGCAGAAUCCUGCAAACCGAGAGAAGACUGCCAGCAUCUCACAGUUACCUAAUAAAACAGUCGAUAUACAGAAUAAGAGACCUCUGCCCCUUAAUGCUUCACAAAUUCAACCAGGGAGAAACAGUAGAGGUUCACCUAAAGCUUGUCACAACAAAGGGACACCAAAGGAGAGUUGCCUGUCAUCAGAGCCUCAGCGCGAAGGUCAUAAAAGCAGGCAAGAUUCAUUGAGGAAACACAUCAAAAGUAAGUCAAGUUGUGUCCAUUUCCAUUGUGACAAAGCAAAAGAGGGAACAAAAGUUGAAGUGAAACAUGAGGUUGCAGCUGCUACGGAACUGCAUGGAGAAAAGCACAAGGAGCACACUGCUGAGGCGAUAGUUGCUUAUGCUCGGAGGAGCAGAAGGCACACUUCUUCUGCUUGUAGGACUGCUAGUGGUGGGGAGAAAUUAAGAGAUCAAAGUCAGCCUUCAUCUGGCAACAAGGACCGUUGUGAAGGAACAGCUGUGCUCUUCUGCAACGUCAGUUGUACCGGUGGAAUUGCGAGAAACUCAAAGCAGUGUGAAGCUUCUUCCAAAGGCAAAAGGCAUCAGCAGAAAUGCAGAAAUAAAGAGGUAAAUGAUGAGCGAUGUUCACCAGCUGGCUCUAGUAGACCAGGAAGUGCCAAAACGGUAUUUGUAAACACCAGGAAUGACAGUGUGCAUGCUGUAGAACAAACUAACAAAGUGGGAAAUAACAAAUUAGGAAAAAAGGCCUCCCCUUCAUUGUCUGCUGAGGCAGAACCUACCGGAACUGUGCCAAGAAAUCCAGCAGCGUGUUCUGCUCCUGAUGACAGUUUGAACUUGGAAAAAACAGGCGUAAUUGGAUCCAGGAAUGCAGAUGAUCAGUUAUGUUCUGUCGCAUGGCAAAGUACAAAUAUUGAACUAAUCCCUUUAGAGAUUCGAAUGCAGAUAAUAGAAAAAGAAAGAAAAAGAAAAGAGCUGUUCCGGAAGAAGAACUAUGCUGCUACAGUUAUACAGAGGACUUGGAGAAGUUACCAGCUGAGACAGGAGUUGUUUCAGCUUCUCAGUGCUAAGCGGCGGUGCAAAGAAGAUGAAGACAAAUGGAGACAAGAGACAGCUGCCUUCUUCAUUCAAGUUGCUUGGAAGAAACAGCUGAACCAUAGCCCUCUGAAAUCAGUUCCUUCGUAUCAAAAUCAGAAAUCUAUAAAAACCAGCUCGGCCAUAAAAAGCAGCAAGCAGUCCAUCCUUAAGCAGAUCUAUGGACGUUCUCAGGAAGGCAAAGCGUUUCCGCCAGCAAGACCUCCUUCUAAGCUGAAACUUUCUGAUGUGCAGCUGGUCUCAGUAAACAACCUGCAGUGCGUUCAUGUGCUGGAGAACAUGGGAAAAUCAAAGCAGUUUUCCUACAACAUGAGACCCACCACCGCUGCCAAAUCAAAAAAUACCGGACUCAAGCACUAAGCAAAACCGAACGCUCGGAACUUGAAGAGCACAUUCCGGUACAACUGUUGUCUCUCCUAACGUACGAGUCAUCUACAACUUGCUAAACUUGAACACAUUUUCAGUUUUGUAGUAUCUCCACAUUACAUGCCGAGCAGACUUCUAAGGAGUUGGACUAAUUCUGUUUUGUGUACAAAUUAGUUUUUAAAUGCAACUGUUAAUUUAUUUACUGACAGGAUGAAAUCUGAAUUGCAUUUGGAAACGGCAAAUGAAGCACUAAGCCCAGCCUUGCAGUGGAGUUGCAGGGACUCCCAAAGUUUUCUGUUGUCAAAAGUCAGAAUUUUGAAUGCAUUCAAAGGCAGUUCCCAAGAGGGAAACUGUACUAAGGAUGGAGCAAUUCUUAAAGACUGCUGUUCAAUUUCACCUCAAGUUUAUGAAAUUUAUUUCAAAAUCUAAACAGGAACAGAAAAGCCUUUACUCCCCACUUCCAUACUAAAGAAGCCAUUGUUUCUUAGCUAGCUGUGGAUUUGAAAGGAAAGAAGUAGAGCUGUCCACAAAACCCGCUCAGUAAAUAAAUUGCUCUCCACAGCCUAUGGGAAGUGCUUGGGGUAUGUUUUCUGCCCUCGGAGAUCAUCACCGGGUUUUUUUUUUUUUCCAUAUUUAUAAAUAUUUUUAUACAUAAAGUUUCUACAGAAAGCAAAAAAGACAGGACCUCUUCUAGACUCGUUCUUAUAAGAGCUUUGGAGCUGCCAGUGUACAGUAUUUACCUUGCACAAGGAAUUUAAAAAUAUGAACUCAACAAAAA